AUGGCGGCCAAGUCGGACGGCAGCGGCUUCUCGCAGCUGCACAACCUCGACGACCACCACUAUCACCACCACCACCAUCAUCAUCACCUGGCCGGGGGCCGCCGCUGCCGCUGCCGCCGCCGCCGCCGCGGGCCAGGGGGCUGCGGUGGUGGCGGAGGCGGCGGAGGCGGCGGCGGGAGCUCGGACGACGAGGCCGGCGAGAGCAGCUCGAUGCACAUCUGCCACUGCUGCAACACGUCGUCGUGCUACUGGGGCUGCCGGAGCGCCUGCCUGCGCAGCCUGCUGGGCCGGGGGGCCGGAGGAAGCGGGUCGGGGGCCGGAGCCACCGACCCGCUGGCGCCGGGGGCCGGAGGUGGCGGCGGAGGAAGCGGCGGCGGAGGCGGCGAUGGGCCGUCGGCGGCGGGGCUGGCGGUGGAGCGGCCGUGGCUGGACUGCCUGUGGAUCGUGCUCGCUCUGUUGGUGCUGGUGGGCGACGUGGGCACCGACCUCUGGCUCGCCCUCGACCACUACGGCCGCCGCGACUACCUGUGGUGCGGCCUGACGCUGGCCUUCGUGCUGCUGCCCUCGGUGCUGGUGCAGAUCCUCAGCUUCCGAUGGUUCGUGCAGGACUACACCGGAGGAGGCCUGGGCGCCGUGCAGGGCCUCACCAGCCGAGGGCCUCCCAUGAUGGGAUCCGUCGGGGCCGGCCGCCGCGCCGGGCAUCGCCACUACCACGGCGCCGGAGGCACGCCCGGAGCUCAGCGCCUCUGCAGGCUCUCCGUCUGGAUUUGGCAGUCCGUCAUUCACCUGCUGCAGAUGGGACAGGUCUGGAGGUAA